AUGGCGCUCUCGGGCCUCAUGUCUCGCUCCUCGGCUCGCUCGGCGCGCUUCGCCUCGAGUCUCGUUCGCGCCUCACCGCCGCUCCGCCCGGCGACCGUCGUCGCUGCCAUGAUGCCGCGUCGCAGCCUGUCUUCGCUGACGUCAGAAGAUGUGGAGCGUCUGGGAGCGAAGGGCCUCAACGACCCGAAGCUUAAGGAGCUCUUCGAGGGGAUGUGCGUGCCGGGCGAGACCAGCAUCCCGACCGAUGCGCUCGCCAAGCGCUUGGCCGGCUCGGACGGGAGCAGCUUCUACACGAAUGCCGGAGCGCUCGUAGAGCUCCUCAUGACCUGGACGGCCAAGAAAAUGGACACCAACAGCGAUGGCGUGGUGUCCUUCGACGAGUUCAAGUCGGCCGUCCGGCAGACCGAGGCCGACCUCCUCGAGACGUCCUUCUUCAGCACCAAGGCGCUCGAGAUGCUCGGCAUCGACUCAUUUGACGAGGAUGCGCUGCGCGCCGCCUUCGAUGCAUCCGACUCGGACCGGAGUGGUGGCCUCGACCCCUCCGAGGUGCGCGCUCUGCUGCUCAAGGUGAGCCCACAGCUGGCCGACUCGCCGGCGCUCGAGACGAUGCUGACGCGGGUGAUGGAGCGCCUGGACACGGACCCGUCGGACGGCGUCAUCACGUUCAACGAGUUCAAGGCCACCUUCGCGCUCUAUCAACACGACCUCGGCUGGUGGAAGGACGGCGCUGUGCUCGGCGUGUGGAAGCCAUUCUGA